AUGGUAUGGCUCACGUUUUGUCCUGGACGAUCGUUACUCGAGAGUUGUCUGGUAAAUGCAAUUGGGAAUUUUUCAGCAUUCCCUCGAGGACGGGUUGCAGCAUCAAACAUCUUCCGUAUAAUCAAUAGAGAGUCCAGGAUAGAUGCAUUCGAUUCCCACGGGAAGACUCUAGAUCAUGUUGAAGGAGAAAUUGAAUUUAGAAAUGUUUCUUUUAGAUAUCCAUCAAGAAGGAAUAUUGAAGUUCUUUCUAAUUUCUCAUUAACCAUAACCCAUGGCUCAAAAACUGCUUUAGUAGGAAAGAGUGGAUGUGGGAAGUCAACAGUGGUUAGUCUAAUACAACGGUACUAUGAUCCUGAUUCUGGUGGCAUUUUCAUAGAUGGCUUUGAUUUGAAGGAAUUAAGACUAGAACAUUUAAGAAAGAAGAUUGGACUUGUCAGCCAGGAACCAGUACUUUUUACUCUGUCCAUCAAGGACAACAUUACAUUUGGAAGGGACGAUGUGACAGAAGAAGAAAUAAGAGCUGCCAUAGCACUUGCCAAUGCUGAAAAGUUUCUCAAAGAGUUGCCUCAGGGACUUGACACAAUGGUUGGUGAAAAUGGAGUUCAGCUUUCAGGAGGACAGAAACAAAGAAUCGCCAUAGCUCGAGCUGUUCUGAAGAACCCACGCAUAAUCCUUCUGGAUGAAGCGACUAGUGCAUUGGAUUUAGAGUCACAACAGAUAGUCGUAGAUUCAUUAAACAAGAUUUCUGUUGGCAGAACAACCUUGCUUAUAACUCAUCGCAUGAGUACCGUAGCAAAUGCAAAUAAGAUUUUUGUUCUUGAACGUGGGUCCAUUGUUGAAGAAGGUACAUACUCCGAACUUAUGGAUCAAAAUGGUCCAUUUUGUCAACUGAUUCAGAUGCAGAAUAUCAGAGAAGAAUCCAAUAAACAAAACUCAAUUGGUCCUUUCUCUAUGAGCAAAAGGGCAUCUUUGAGAAAAUCUUCGGGAGAUGUUUUUCCAUCAUCGGAAAUAUCAUACCCAUCAAAGAAGACCAUUAUUAAGUUUUGGAGAUUUGUAAGAUUGAAACAGGUUUUUUUUCUGUUUCUUGGUCUCGUUGCAACUAUAACCAAGGCCUUGAUACCUAUAAUUUUUGGUGUUAUUAUUGCCUACGUGAUUGGAGCAUUCAAUCUGGAAGCUGGAAGGCUUCAAAAGGAAAUCAAAUUUUGGUGCAUAAUCAUUGCAGUGGUUGCUCUAAUAUCACCGGUGGCAGCAGUUAGUCAGAAAUAUAUCCUAAUUCAGGCUAGUUGUUGGUUAUUGAGGGCAGUAAAUCCCCUAUGUUUCAACAAGAUUGUGCACAUGGAAGUUGAUUGGUUUGAUCAUGUGGAUAACUCAAGUGGAGCACUUAGCUCUAGAUUGUCCACAAUUGCGGAAACACUAACCAAAUUUAUUAGGGACGCAGCUCCACAGGUUGUUCAGCAUGCAGUUACAGUAAUUGCUGGUCUUGUUGUGGUUUUAUCUGGAUCGUGGCAGCUAGCUGUUCUUAGCUUAGCAUUUAUACCUCUAGUUCUUUUCAACGGAUGGUUAGAACUUAAAUUCAAUGGAAACUCCAGUAAAAUAAUCAAGGUUCUCUAUGAGGAAGCAGGACAAGUUACAAAAGAUGCAGUUGAGCAUAUCAGGACUGUUGCAUCAUUUAGUGCUGACAAACAGGUGCUGCAAUUAUUCAAGAUCAAAUGUGAAGGCCCCUUGAAGAAGAGAAUCAAAUGUGCUUAUGCUGGAGGAGCUUCAUAUGGGUUAUCAUCCUUCCUUUUGUAUUUCAUCUAUGGAGCAACUUUUUAUGUUGGGGCCACUCUUAUAAGGGAUGGAAGAGCAACUAGUACUACUUUUUAUCUUGCACUUUUUGCACUGACAGAUGAAGUACUAAAUGUCACCAACUGGCUAGGACUCUUAAGAGAGUUCAACGUUGUCAAGCCCUGUUUGAGAUCUGUCUCUUCUAUUCUCAAUCUUGAAUCAAAGCUAGAUUCAUCAUUGGAUACAGGCUUGACCAUUGAGAGCCUAAAAGGAAGUUUAGAAUUCCAGCAUGUAAACUUCAGUUAUUCAUCAAGGCCACACAUUCAAGUGCUUAACGAUUUUUGCUUGUCUAUUCCUGCAGGCAAGACUGCAGCACUCUUGGGAGAAAGUGGUUCUGGAAAAUCCACUAUAAUUUCUUUGCUUCAGAGAUUUUACAACUUUAACGGUGGCCUAAUUCUGAUUGAUGAUAUUGAGAUUCAGAAGCUAAACAUAAAUUGGUUGAGGAAGCAAAUGGCUUUGGUGUCUCAGGAACCAGCUUUAUUUGAUGACACAAUCAAGGCCAACAUCACUUUUGGAUUGGACCGUGAUGUAUCUGAAGCUGAGAUUAUAUCUGCAGCCAGCCUAGCAAAUGCUCAUCACUUCAUAAGUAACCUGCCACAGGGUUAUGACACCGAAGUUGGACAACGCGGGGUGAAAUUAUCUGGCGGACAAAAGCAAAGGAUUGCAAUAGCACGCGCAAUAGUGAGGAGACCAAAAAUCCUGCUGCUGGAUGAGCCAACCAGUGCACUUGAUUUAUCAUCUGAACAAGUUGUUCAAGAGGCACUUAAUGAGGUCAUGGUGAAUCGAACGACAAUAGUGGCAGCUCAUCGAUUAUCAACAAUUAAGCAUGCAGACAUUAUAGCAGUUAUGAGGCAUGGAGUCAUUGCAGAACUUGGAACUCAUGAAUCUCUGCUAAAGUCACAAAAUGGCAUAUAUGCGUCUCUAGUAGCACUAAGCUAGCAAGAACACAAAUUCGACCGUUAUUACAGACUCUGCCGGUGCUGAUUCUGAGUUUG